UGUUAUUGGCCAAAAGCUGCGAGUGACCGAAGAAGCGGCGGCGCCGACCACCUCCAUCUUCGUCUCUUCCUUCCCGGGUCGCCAUGUCCAAGAUCUCCAAGUCCAAGCGCAACUACCUCUACAGCCCAUACCAGCUCAAUGAUGGCCUCGCCGAUGCGCCGCCGGAUGACACUACCGCCUUUGUCGACCCGGUGCUAAGCGGCCUGCCUGCCAAUUUGUCGCGCAACCUCUGGGACGACUGGAGCGAAGAGACGAUGCUCCAGGACGAUACGACGCUGGCCAACUUUGCCAGCGGCAUGGACAUGACGUUUCCAGAUGCACCGAGAAAGCCGCGUGCCAACUCGUACAAUUUCAUCGACGCCAUCAUCAUGGAGGCCAAGCCCGAGCCCGACAACCACAACAGCAACCACGCCAACCACAAUGGGCUCGGGUUGUCGCCGCCCAUACACCUGACGCCAGCGCCGACGAAUGGUAUGCCCAACUUAGCGCUACACACCAAUGGUCUCGGCGCAGAACCAAGCUCGUACGCGUCCUUUGGCAACAGCCAUGUCGAGUACGGCAAGGCGUCAUCGACGUGGCAGCCGCAGGAGCCGCCGUCCAUGUGGCCCUCCCAGGACAAGCCGCCGCUACUGCAAGCACAAGCAACUCUACCGAGCCACAGCAUGGCACACGCCAUGAAUGGUCAUAUGCACCAGCAAGUCGCCAUGCUCCCGCCGCAGCAACAAACACCGCAGCCAUCGCAACAUCACCCUGCGACCUCGCAGCAGCAAGGUAUGCCCAGCAUGAUGGCGCAAGCGCCCAUGAUGCAUCCUGGCAUGGCUCCGUACGGCGCGCAGAGCAUGAUGAUGCCCGGCUUCAUGUACUCGCAGCCGAUGAUGGGCUUCAACGCACACCCUGGCAUGAUGCAACUGCCCAUGAACAUGCUUCCGAUGAACGCGAUGAGCAUGGGCAUGAUGCCGAUGGGUGUGCCGCCGACCGCGCCGGUCCUUGGUAUCCCGCCCAUGGUCCCGACAGCGCCGGCCUUUUUGGCUGCCAAGCCGCCGCUCAAGCCCAACGCCGCGCCGUUUGUUCAGAUCGCGCGCAAGCCUGGCGCACCCGAAAUGAGCUCGAUGCUCGCCAACCUCCUCGAAGAAGAGGCCGAGAAGAAGAACAAGAAGCUCGAGCGGAAUCGCGACUCGGCGCGCGAGAGUCGGCGCAAGCAGCAAAAGUACGUCGAGGUGCUCGAAGACGGCAUCCAGCAGCUCCAGAUCACAAAGGAACACAUCCAGCGCCACCGGUGGGGCCGGCCGCCGCUGCCACUGGACGCGGUCGUCGGUGUGCCAGCUCGGCACCGCAACGCGUUCGACAUUGUCAAAUGGACAUCGCGCCAGAAACGGUGGCUCGGGCUGCCGCACAAAGCCCGCUUGCUCGAGCUCCAGCGCUGCUUUGUCGCGAUCGGCCAGACGCUCAUGCGGCUGCAGACCAGCGUCCUCGACAUGCAGCUCGUGGCCCAUGCACUGGACAGCAGCGACCUGGUGGCGUACUUGGGGCUCGACCAAGGACAGGUGGCCGCGCUUCAUGCGACAGCGCUCGCCAUGCGUCGGGAAGAGAGCGUGCGGCUCAUGGUGCUCAUGAAGGCGUACCGAGGCCUCCGACGGUUCGCAGCCGAGCUCUGCGCGCUGGGACCUGAUAUGGACAUGUACUUUCGCGAGCUCAUGUCGGGCGAGCAAAUGACCAAGUUGCUGUCGUGGACCGAGUCGAUGCGCGCCGAGAUGGACCGGCUGUCGUUCGCGGACGACGACGAGCGACCUAUUUAACCCAAUACACUAGACAACGCACACACUCUUGUCGUUCGUAUUAGCAAAG